AUGCCGAUUAACAAGAGCAACCGCCCCGAGUCCGAUGCCUCCAUGGAGGUUGAGGAUGUUGUAGAAGCUACCCCAGGAUCCAUCCCAGGAGCCACCGUCAACACGGAGCUCCUGGUCCCCGAGCCGCUCCUCCACCCCAGCAACCUGUGGCUGGAGGGGCUGGUGCUCCCCUCCCCGGAGGACCGCCACGAGAACCUCCCCACGGUGAUCGCGAUGGUGGUGGACCCGGUGUACUGCCGCCUGGGGGUGUUCAACCAGGCGAAGACGAUGUCGGGCGGCGAUUCCAGGUCGUUGCCGAGCCACUUUGUGGUGCUGGCGCCCUUCUCCGCGGGCUGGGGCAAGGCGCCGCUGGAGGACAAGCCGCUCAAGAACGCCGAGUUCCUGAGUGAGAUCCAUGUCGAUGCGGACGGGAGGCGCGGCCUGAUGAUCUACUCCUUCGACAAGCACGAGAGCAACCAGCAGUACAAGGGCGCCGUAAGGAAGGACGUCGCUACCCUGGUCCAGUCGGGCUGCACCCUGCGGCUCUCGACGACGACAAAGACCUUCGAGUUCGAGAAGCAGAACAAGAAGACCGGGCAGAGGGCGCUGUUCCCGGAUGUGGACACCAUCCACCCCUUCACGCUCGUCAAGCUCUUUCUCAAGCCGAACAAUGCGACGAAGGUCGACACUCCGGGGGACGUGGUCACGAUCAAGAGCAUCGAGAUCAUCCCGCUCACGCUGUACUCCUUCGUACCCGCGAUGGGUGAUUUCCCCGCCACCUUCGAGGAGCAGAAGACCAUCACGGAGGUGUGCAAGACCUACGCCCCCGAGGGCUGCCGCCCCUGCUCCAACUACCUCUUCAGCAACGGCGGGGAGGUGAUGCUCCUGAGGAGCGUCUCUUGUCUCCUCCGGGCCUCAGUCGAUGAGGACGGCGCCGGCGUCACGAUCUCGAACGCCUGCCUCGACUUUGAGAUGGGCAAGUCCAUGAUCGACGAGGUGCGCAUCGACGGCCCCACGCUGAUGCGGUACACGAACUGCUCCACCGUGAAGCGCGCGUGCCAGCUGCUCGAGGUCGCCGCGAGUUGCGGUUGCCUGCAACUGAUGGUCGUCAAAUCCUGGGUCUCCUACAAGGUUGAUGAAGACACGUGGAAGAAAAGGCUCGUUUACCGCGCCGCCCCUAUCAUCGACUUCCUCCGUCUGCUCGGCAUCGACGUCUCUGCCGGCACGGACGACGACGUGCUCCGCUUCCUCCUCCACGCCCCCCAGACCCGGGACAGCACCGUCGUGAUCCGCAAGGACGGCAACGCCAAGAUCAGCUUCGACGCGGUGCGGCGCUGCCUCGUCCACGAGACCCACCGCUUCUUCAACUUCGAGGAGGACGGCAAGGAGCUCAAGCGGGAGAUCAUCGUCCGGCUCGACCUCCGCAUCCUGUCGGACCCUUCCAAGGAGCUCCCGGUCGACCCAUCGGUGUCCAUGGACUGGCAGCCCUACCACGCGUCCUACCCCGUCCCCAAGUGCUGCCGCGUCCACAUCGACCUCGGACCCAAGCUCAACCCGGAGGGCUACGCCGUGGACCUCGACAUGCAGGCCGUCCCCAACUACCUCUGCAUGCAGCUCAACCUCUCCUCCUCCCGCGCCCCCUCCGUCCCCGGGAUGGGGAACGCCGCCCAGGAGGCCAAGACCUGCCGCAAGAGGGCCGCGCCCAGCGUGGAGGACGCCGACUCGUUCUGA